AUGGUUGCUAUGUGUUCUAUAUUAGGAAGGACUGAAACCUUUCACAUCAAUAAUUUGAUAGAGUCUUAUCACAAUCAGCAGAAGACUUUCUAUCUUGAAUGUGCAAGAUCUCUUCAAGUAGAUAGACUUAUUUAUCUUCUGGCCAAAGUCUUAACUCUUGACUAUAGACAAGAAAAUGUUAAGACGUUAUAUAGAUUCCAAUCAGUAUGCCUUACACGUCAAGAAGAGCAAAAAAGACAAAAUAUGUACAUGUUAGAUAGUGAUACUACUAUGGACAUGGUUGAGAAAUUGAGUGAUACUGCAUUCACUUGCAGAUCAUUCACAGUUGAUCUUGUUGUAUACAACAUUGAGCUACAGAAUGACUUUCUGCAAAGCUGCACUUGCUCUGAUACUUCCAAGCUUUGCAAGCAUAUCUUUCUUGUCAAUUAUAUGCUAGAUAUCUUCUACUCUUUGUGUCACAGUCUUUUUUUCUCCUCUUCUGCUGUCCAUGAAAAACCUUUAAAAUCUCAAAACUGA